AGCAGCUGCAGGCUGGAGCGCAGCGUGUUGUCUUCUGACACAAAAUAUCCACGGGUUCUUCUCCGCUAGUUUCUUUUUUUCUUUACUCCAAGUCCCCCAAGCAUGAAGGCGCUGAGUCCAGCCCGUGGCUGCUACGAAGCAGUGUGCUGUCUAUCAGAACGCAGCCUCGCUAUCGCGCGUGGCCGUGGGAAGAGCCCAGCAGCUGAGGAGCCGCUGAGCCUGCUCUAUGAUAUGAAUGACUGCUAUUCGCGCCUCCGGGAGCUGGUCCCGGGUGUCCCGCGGGGCACGGAGCUCAGCCAGGUGGAGAUCCUGCAGCGUGUCAUAGACUACAUCCUGGACCUGCAGGUGGUGUUGGCCGAACCCGCCCCGGGGGCCCCCGACGGGCCGCAUCUCGGCAUCCAGACAGCCGAUCUGACGUCUGAACUCUACCCAAAAGAUGAGAGGAGUCUCUGCCACUGACCCCGGUCACCCCUAGUUCUGUAUGCAGGUGUUGUGAUCCCGCUAGGACCCCGAGGAUCAGGCUUUGACCAGAGCCCCAGGAAUGGCCGGGUCCACACUGGCUCCAGCAUCUGUUUUUACCACUGUCUCCGCCUCGCCGGGUUUAAGACCGAAAGGAACUCUCGGCGGAGCCCCCCGUGCCCGGGAGCGAGGAGAACGGAACGGUGGGGCCUCCGUAGAAGAAAGAGAAGGCAAUUUUCCUCUCCGUUUCCCCCAAGUUUAAAAGAAUUGGUUUGUUCUGCGGGGUUUUUGGUCGUGUUUUGUUUUGUUGAGGAGGCGGUUCUUGUGAUUUCUCCUCCCCACCCCCACCCCUAACCCGUUCUGUUGAGGCAGCUGGAGACCUUCGAUUGUGGUGUCCCCGGAGGGGGGAGCCGUCCGGAAAGAUGCGCUGGCCCCCUCCCCCGGACCUCACUGUGAUUAUGAGCUCUAUAAUAGAGUAUGUAUAGCGUGUACCUUUGUGCAGGAAGGUGACUUUCUGUAAGCGAGCAUGGACUUUAUAAACUUUUUAUAAAAGUGAAAACUUUUUGCAUAAUAAAGGUGGUGUUUUUUAAA